AUGUCUAGCACGAAGCUAGAGCCUACAAAUGAAAUUUCUAAUGCAGUUCCUUCAAAUGGUUUAAUAAACAACUUGGAAAACAACGGGGAUGAAAGUACCAGCGAUUCAGACGAAAACUCAUACGAUAGUAGUUCUGAUGAAAGCCUAGACAAUGGAGAACCUGUAAGAAAAAUACAGAAGACAGAUAAAAAUACCUUAAUGAAUAGAUAUGAAUUUCUUAAGAGCAAGAUGCGAGAUGAAAAUUCAGAAGCCCAUAAAGGUGAAGCUACAACAUUGGUAUUAGACCAUUUACGAGAGUUAAAAGUGAUCUAUGAGAUCGUCCAGAAAGAGCAUAAUCGAGAUACGAAGGUUCACUUGAAGGAUGCAGAAGCAUUUAUGGAUACGUCCAAAUUUGCAGCGACUAAUGCUAAAAAUUUGAAAUUCGAUGAUAUGGGAAUAUCGUUGAGUCAGAAGGAUUUUCUCUCUCGUUUAAGAAGCUACUUGAACCCCAACGAGGCAACAGUGGAAGAUGAUUAUGAAGGUGAUUAUAAUGAAACGAGUACUAAGGAAGAUACCUUCAAUUCUUAUAACUGGCUUAAGUUAGGUGCUUUAUAUUGCUCGGUAAGUAAUAAGGCAGUUGUUACAGACUCUCUUUACGGACCUUUGGAAACGGAAAGAAGAAAGCAGUUAGGGAGGACAAGAAAUAUAGACGAUACGAAAAACUAUCUUUCAACGACGGCUCAGCUGGUUCAAGCUAAUGAUAUAUCAGGAAAUGAAGAACAGAAUACGGCUCAUAUGGUUAAAAAUGUAUAUAAAACUUUCGUUCAAAAGAAAGAUGAUGCUGGGGUUAACUUCUUCAAAUUUUUUAUUAACCCUAAUUCAUUUGCUCAGUCAAUUGAAAAUCUAUUCUUUACAAGUUUUCUUAUCAAAGAUGCGAGAUUAAAAUUGUACCUAAAUGAUGAAGGAAUACCGAUUGUUCAAACUGUUAACCCACAGGAAUACGAAGUCAGUCAAUUAAACCCUUCUAAUGGAGAAUCAAAUCACCAUAUUGCAACAUUUGAUUAUAAAACCUGGCAAGGUUUGAUAAAGAGAUUCAACAUAACAGAGUCUUAUUUAGAUACCAGACCUGAAGCAGAUGAUACGUACUCAUCUAGUGACGAUGAUGAAAUUAAUGAAUAA